AUGUCGUCCAUAUCACCUCUUCCUCGACGGUCGUUGUGCUUGGUUACCGAGGGCUCCGGCGUUUCAGUGAAUCAUGGCGAUGCCGGCUUUACCGCACUGCUUAACAAGCACUUCGAUGAUCGAGAGAGCGAUGCUACAGAACGCUUGAUCGCUUUAAAAACAACCUUGAAAACCCCCGAUACGAAGUUGGCUUGGGACGAGUUUCUAGAAGGAUUAGCAAAACUCGGUCAUGCUCAAAGUGGAUUCAUUAGCUGCCAGGUCGACGAAAUGAACGACGAAGAGCCCUCCCAGAAUAUGCUUACUACCUGCUACUACAACGAUGAAUAUGGAAAUAAGGGAUUGCUCAGAGAGCGUGGCUACUCUGCUGUCAGUAAAGCUUGUGAGCAUAUGAAACACGGAAAGGUGCUUCUUAUUCCCGACCGAUUAUGCUCUGAUGACUUGCCUUUCGCCGCUGAUGCCCUUAUCGCUGUACCUUUGUACUCUGGGGAUCGCAACAUUGGCCACUUUGGGAUGAUGUGGACAAGUCAAGGUUUGCAAGAACUAUCAUUCUCAUGGUCAUAUGUCGAGAUGCUGUUGCAUUCUCUAGAGGAUGUGGUAGCUCAGCGUGUGGUGGAUGAGAACUUUUUACCUACUUCAUUGAAUGAUGCAACAUUCUCGCCCCCGCCUUCCGAACCAUUGGCACACAAUGCAAAGCUUCACGAACCCGCAUCUGCUCCUCCGUCACCCGUCUUUGCACAUCCCUUGAAGCCCUUCGCCCCCAGCUUAUCGCACGAGUUGCGAACACCAAUGCAGGGAGUUGUUGGUAUGCUAGAUGUCAUGCACGCGAGUGUGGAGGAGGCAAUUGCCCGCAAAGUCGCCGCCAGCAAAGUCGCCAGCAAAGCAGCCAGCAAAUCAUUCUACCUUUUGCAAGAUUUGAAAGAAAACAUUGAGUUGGUUCAAGAUAGUGCUCGGCGUGCAGUCGAAGCAGCAGAUAACGUCGUGCACGCCUAUGAUCUCAACAUGGAGGUUCCGGAAACCCCGCAGAAAGAAGUGUAUGCUGACAUCAUGGAAGACCUGCCACCAUCUUGUGUCGCUGCUGCGUCGGCAGAAAGAUUUUCGUUCAAGGACAACAAGCUUCCAGUCAAUCCAUACAAACGCCGCCGAAGUAUAUCUAUCGAUUGGGCCGGCCAUGGACGGGCACCGAAACGCUCCUCAAGGAGAAAUACCUCGCAUGGGGAUUUAUCCCCACGCAGCGAAGUGAAGAACGCAAUCCAGGAAAGCGACAAGAUUGUUUAUUCUCCGGCGAAAGGUCGCAUCGAAGAAGUGGUUGUUAAUGCAGUUGCUCAAAGACCAUCAUCACUAGCUACGCGGCGAAUGGCCCAGCAGAUGGUGGUUGAAGGCGUACCACCUACCGCCAUACGCCACACCAAGAUUCGUGAUCUUCUACAUCUAGUCAUCAAUGAGUCAUUACACGUGGGCAAAAGGCCAGAAUCAACCUUGAGCCAAAGGACGUUGCUGGGCGAACACAUAAACGUUCAUGCGUUGGCAUCGAACGGAGAGACCUGCAUCAAAAGUAUAGAAUGGUCUGUAGAUGCAACGGUGCCGGACACUUUAUAUGUCGAUGAACGUGACCUGGCCAAACUGAUAUCAUGUGUGUUCUUGAAUGCUGUCAAAUUCACAGAAAGUGGCCAAAUCACCGUUGUGGCGACGUCGUGUAACAGAUCUCCUCAGCAGUAUAUGCGCAUCAACAUUCGCGAUACAGGGAUGGGAAUUCCAGAGGAGUUCUUCCCCAGUCUCUUUAAACCCUUUGCACGGGAGGAUGACUCGACGACUCGCACGAGAGAUGGACUUGGUCUUGGCCUUUUGGUUGCCAAAGGCCUAGCAAGGAAGAUGGGCGGUGAUUUACUUUGCGUUCAUUCUUCUACGUCUGGUCCUGAUCGAGGGUCUGAAUUCGAAAUCCGGAUACCUGUCAACCCUUCGGGUACUCUGAGCCGACCCAACACUCCAUACAACGGGUCCGCCGCACCAUUGGCUACUCCUCCUUUACCUUCUAAUUUAACUGGUUCUUCUGUGGUUGAUGUUACUAUUGCUGGUACAAUCGUACAGCCUGUGAAUAUGGAGGUCCUUCCACCACCAGCAACAGUUUUAUCUGCAGAUAUUCCUCCUAUUAUUCCCUCCAUACCCACCAUGCCCGCGCAAGAACUCAUAUACUCUCAUUCCUGUGCGCGAACAACUAGUCAACCGUCUACCGCUCUUCAGGGUGCUGGACUCGGGAAGAGCCAUCCUCUCACAUUUUUAGUCGCGGAGGACAAUCAAAUAAACCGAAAAAUUUUAGUAAACAUGUUACGCAAGCUAGGAUAUCGUGACGUGUACGAAGCCUAUGAUGGACGUGAGGCCGUUCGUAUUAUGCAAGAAACAUUGCUAUCAUCAUAUCCGCCCAUCUCAUCCCCGUCUACGCAAGGAAGCGAUAGUGGCGCUGAGAAUUCAUCUCCGGUCAUUGCAAACGAAGGCAACCGGAAGAGAACAAAGCCGAUCGAUGUAGUCCUGAUGGACCUGUGGAUGCCGGAAAUGGACGGAUAUGAAGCCACAUCAAAGAUUUUCGAAAUGAUCGAUGAACACUGCAAUCGCCUGGCGCCUAACAACAACAACAACAACAACAACAACACUUCUAAACAUACUCCCAUGGAAAACUGGGACCAAAGCAGCGAAUCCUGUGUUCCUUCGAUACCCGAUCUUUCGCCCAAGGUGCUAGCUGUGAGCGCAGAUGUGACGGAUGAAGCUUUGCAUCGAGCUUCGUCCGUCGGCAUCCAGGGCUACAUGACUAAGCCAUAUAAACUGGCCGACCUGGAGCGGCUUAUAAUUGAUUGUUGUUUUCCCCAAGCGUCCAUAUAA